CCCAUGGUCACCGUGAUGUUGAUUGACUACAAUGUCACGUGCAGGUUUGGCAGCCAUGCUACCUCCUACCCCCAGAAAAGCAUCUCUAAGCAUUGGAAGUUCAGUCUUCAGCACAUUUUUGCAGUUUUGACCUUGAGAGCCAUGGACACAUGAUGAGUGAAAGGAAGUGCUGUUGCUAUAUUCCAUAUGCCAACAUCAGCAGGAAGAAGCAGCUGUUUUUCGCCCAAAAAAGCAUUCUUAUAGGUGACCAGGUGAACGUAUUGCAUCAAAUUUACCCUGCCCUGAUUCCGUUGAAACCAGUGGAAUUAUACCAGAGAAACAGAUGGCUCUUUAACCCUAGGUACUGAAAGCGCCUACAUACAUGCAUCAUGAAUGAAUCUGCCUCUAGUGGAAAUGGUCAAGAGUUUGAUGUUUUUAGUGCUAUGGACUGGAAGGAUGGCAUAGGUACUUUGCCAGGAAGUGACCUAAAGUUUAGAGUGAAUGAAUUUGGGGCCCUGGAAGUGAUUACAGAUGAAACUGAGAUGGAGAGUGUUAAAAAGGCAACUGCUACCACAACCUGGAUGGUUCCAACUGCUCAAGAAGCCUUUUCAGAAAAGACAGGGAUUCCCACAAGGUUGAAGGAAACUGCAAAAAUGGAUGGACUUGUUUUCUGUGAAAACUGUUACCGCUAUGGUGCCAUAGAAGAAUUUGUUCCUGAAGGGAAAUUUUGCAGCCAGAAAUGUGCCCAACAAGUAAAAAACAAAGAACCAAAGGAGGAAAAGCCCAGUAUGGAAUGCAAUGGGGAAGAUGAUUCCAAAGGCAUUCGCAAAAGAAAAGCAAAGUUACCUCUCAAAGAAGAGUCCAGGGAUAAUGGGGAGAAGAAAGAGAACCCCGAUGAAACUGAGGACAAACCUGAAGGAAGGGUCUUGAGAGUCUCACAAAGAGCCAGGAGAAAAAGAAAAGGGGAAAUAACAGUUUUGAAACAACCUGUACCCUCCAAAGGAAGACAAGCAUGGUGUUGGGCAUCCUAUCUGGAGGAAGAAAAGGCCAUUGCAGUACCUACUAAGCUUUUUAAAGAGUAUCAGUCUUUCCCAUACAACAAAAAUGGAUUCAAAGUAGGGAUGAAGCUGGAGGGUGUGGAUCCCGAGCACCAGUCGAUAUACUGUGUUCUCACAGUGGCCGAGGUUUGUGGCUACAGAAUACGACUCCAUUUUGAUGGAUACCCAGAUUGUUACGAUUUCUGGGUGAAUGCUGAUUCUUCAGACAUUCAUCCUGUUGGAUGGUGUGAGAAAACAGGUCACAGGCUUCAUCCACCUAAAGGAUAUAAGGAGGAAGAAUUCAGCUGGCCCUCAUACCUAAAGGCAUGCAAGGCUCAAGCUGCUCCUAAAUCACUGUUUGAAAACCAGAACACAACAGUGAUUCCAUCGGGAUUUCGAGUGGGGAUGAAACUGGAAGCCGUAGACAAGAAGAACCCGACUUUCAUUUGUGUUGCUACGGUAACAGACAUGGUGGACAAUCGUUUUCUGGUUCAUUUUGACAACUGGGAUGAGAGUUACGACUACUGGUGUGAGGCAGCUAGCCCACAUAUUCAUCCUGUUGGAUGGUGUAAAGAACAUAAAAGAACUCUCAUCACCCCACCAGAUUAUCCACACGCUAAGCAUUUUUCUUGGGAGAAGUAUUUGGAAGAAACCAGUUCAUUACCUGCACCUGCAAGGGCUUUUAAAGUGAAACCUUCUCAUGGCUUUCAGAAAAACAUGAAACUUGAAGUAGUUGACAAGAGAAAUCCAGUAUUUAUCAGAGUAGCAACUAUUGUAGAUACUGAUGACUAUAGAAUAAAAGUCCAUUUUGAUGGCUGGGAUAGUAUUUAUGAUUAUUGGACUGAUGUAGAUAGCCCUGAUAUCCAUCCUGCAGGCUGGUGUACAAAAACUGGACACCCUCUUCAGCCCCCACUCAGUCCCUUGGAAUUGGUGGAAGCUUUAGAGCAUGGAGGGUGUCCCACAGCAGGAUGUAAAGGAGUUGGGCACAUUAAAAGAGCAAGACAUAUUGGCCAUCAUAGUGCAGUCAGCUGCCCAUAUUCAGAGAUGAACUUGAACAAAGAAAGCCUCUUGCCUGACCGGUUGAGCGGGGAGAUGCCUGCAGCCAGUCCUGUCCCCAGAAACAGAAAAGUGGAAGCAAGUGAAAGAUCCACCUCUCCUGUAAUCAAUGACAGAAAAUGCCCCAGCCCUGGUCACGUAGGUAUGAAAUCUUCAGCUCACAGUCGAUCAUCUGGGAAAACUGUAAUAGAAACAACUAAGCAAGAAGAUGCAGAAAGUAAAUCUCCUUGCAAGAAACCCCUGUUAUGUGAAGUGAAAGAAAAGAAGGCACCUGGUGGAGUACUACAAACAAAGGACUCCAUAAAGAACAAAGAGUGCGAAGAAGAGGAGACAGAAAAUAAGGUGCUCAUUUCAAAUGAAAUUAAAGAUGUUGAAGAACCCAACACGCAGAGGCUUCUUUCUCAACCAGUUAUUGUGUCUUCCAAGUUGCAAAUCCCUGGCCUACCCCUGCGCUGGGAACAGCAGAGCAAGCUCCUUCCAAGUGUAGCUGGGAUCCCAGCCAGUAAAGUUUCUAAGUGGAGUACAGAUGAGGUCUCUGAAUUUAUACGGAGUUUACCAGGAUGUGAAGAACAUGGCAAGGUGUUUAAAGACGAGCAAAUUGAUGGAGAAGCAUUUCUGCUAAUGACCCAAUCAGACAUAGUCAAAAUAAUGAGCAUUAAACUGGGACCAGCACUAAAGAUCUUUAAUUCCAUUCUGAUGUUCAAAGCUGCAGAGAAAAACUCACACAAUGAACUUUGAAGGUAAUGGAAAAUGUGUACAAGCCAGCUUUCUCCACUGGAGCUCAUGUUUUAUUCAAAGCACAAAGACUUGUUAGAACUGUUGAGUAAGGACUCUCAGAAAGGAAGAAACGUAAGUUCAGCACUGGUGGACUAUUUAUAUUCUCCUGGAGCCAGUACACAUCUGAAUCCUUCUGGGAAGUGUUCAAGCUUUUGAGAAGGUACUGUAUAACAACGGAGUCAGCUAGUCUUAUUUACCAAACUAAUGGCGCUAGUUCUCUAUGGAUGGUUAGGAUCCCUAACUUUCUCUGGAUAUAAAGAAAACCUUCGUUAAUUAUUUAUGCUGUAUUAUAUAAGGGAACAUUAAUAUUUUCUAAGAAUUCUUGAAUUCUACUUCAUGUACCCAUUUUACUUUUCAGAAGCUUUUACUUCAUACUAUCAAAAUAAAAACUGAUUAGCCAAAAAUUAGGCUACAGGUAGCCAGAUGAGACUGUUAUGGCUAAUACGUAUUUGUGCCAUAGUUUAAAAAUGAAACACUUAAUGUUACAUAUGUGACACUUUAUGCUACAGCAUAUAACUUUACAGAUUAAAAAAUUGUCUGUUUGCUUGUAACAAAACAAAACAAACCUUGUUGGGGUUGAAAUUAUAAUGCUUUUUGAUAACUGAAUGUUUUUACUUUUGCACGAUUACAAAAUGUUAUGUGAGUUUUUCCACCAGCAUCUUUAAUGUAUUUUACCAAAAGAUCAGUACAGAGAAGGCUGCAACUGAAAAAUAAAGUUUGACUUCAUAGAAGA